GUCGCGGUAAAGGAGCGGAUAUGGCAGAGACGGUGAAGCCUCCCCCCAAACGCAGACGAAUCCUUGACCCGUCGGCCAUCGUCUCAGUGCCCAUCUACUCCAACCAGGUGAGCAACAGUUUGCAGAUGAAGGCGCCGGCGUUCAGCGACCGAGAGUCCACAGGUGAAAAAUCAAAAAUACACUCCACAGUUUUUAAAGCUGCUCUGCCCGAGAGACAGUUCCCUCUGAAAGUGCGCUGCCGAACCGACCUGCACAAGAUCCACGUGCUCCCGUCGACGCCCCUCAGCGCCGUCGUGGAGCAGCUGUCCGUCAAACUGGGAGUCCCGCCCCCUCGGCUGCUGCUGCUGCGAGAGGAGGCGGAGCUCAGUGCGGACGCUACGGUGGGCGCGCUCGGGCUCGGCAUCGCAGACAUCCUGGAGUGUGUGGUGAUGGCGGAGGCGGAGAGGGACACGCCCACUGGAGGAGACGUGGAUGAUGUCAUCAAAGUGCGACUCCAGGGCAAAGACCGCACCAUGUGUCAGGAGUUUUCUGUGCGCCGGGACGCUCCUCUGGGUUCUGUUUUCGCUCAGUUUUCUUCGGGCUUGGCCGUCGUCGCUCAGAGGAAAGUGAGUUUUCAUUUCGACGGCUGUAGAUUAUCUUCGCUCCAGACGCCGCAGGAGCUGGACAUGGAGGACGGGGACGUGAUCGAGGUCUGGACCUGAGCACCGCUUUUCUAUUUAAGUCAACAAUAAAAGGUUUAAUUUCA